AUGGCUUCUCGAUCUCGAGCCGCGACCCCCGAUCUGGGCGCCCGCCCGCGCGAGCGUUGUCGGGAUGCAUCUUCGACCCUUCACUGCUGCUGCGGGAGCGACGAGUGCCUGCUCUUGCGCCGCAACUGCUCAAUCCUCGAAUCCGUCGAAAAAGAUGUCCACAUCGCUGCUCAACUCGGCCAGGCUUUAUUAGCACGGCAUGAAGCCUACAUGGCCGAUGCCGAGCGAGAGCGAGUCGAACUUAAUGCCCGUAUAGAGAAAUUGGAGAUGGACAAGCGCGGGCUCGAAGCCGAAAAUGAGAGCAAGAUCAACCAAAACCGGGACUUGCUCGAACAACUAGAAGCCCUCAAUAACACCCUGACCGAUUCCGAUAUCAAGAUCAAAAGUCUCGAGUCCAGUCUUCUAUCCUCGCAACAAACCGUCCGUCUACUCGAAUCUUCUGCCGGCCGCGCUGCCGACGUUGAGCGUCAUCUCGCCUUCCUCGAGGACGAGCAAGAGAAACUGCUCAACGAACUCCGCAGCUCCAAGGAGGAUGCUAGGUCCCACGCUCAGCGCUUCAAGGAAGCGCAACGCGGCAUCCUAGAUAUGCAGGAUCAGCUGGAUCGUAUCGAAGAUGAGGCCCGUCAGGAGCGCGAACGUCAUUCUGAAGUCAUGGAGAGAAUGGAGCGGCAGCGCGAAAUCGAGAAACAGCUCGACACGGCUGCCGGGCGGCUUAAGGGUGCUGCUGCUUCCAAAUCUCUACAGGAACAUAAGAAUGGCGGUAAGAUUGUGGGCCACUUCGUCCGAGAUCUGUUACAGGACAAUGCCAACUUGCAGCUUGGAAUGGCCGAGUUGCGGGAAAUGCUCAUCAACUCAAAUGACGAGAUCCAGUCGUUACGGGACCAGCUCGUUCACCAUCAACCGAUGCCCCCUGACUCCAGCAGAGCAUCAACACUGAGGGCGGAGCUAGAGCCUUUACUUGAACCACCGCCUGCUUCCCAGGAACUGCACAUCCAUCACCACUACCACGUAUCACCGAAGCACGAACCCCGGAAACCUAAAAAGAAGCGACAGGGACUUCUUCCCGGCAUUUUCACACCCCCGGCUGCGUCGGCCCCAUCAUCACCGCGAAACUCGGGCAACUGGGGGGCCCUCACGUCGUCUCCGACGGCCCCUGCUCUGCUCUCCAGCGUUCCUGCGGGCGAGACAACACCUACCAUGUCGAAACCUACUCGGGCCUGCGGUGGCCACUCUCGAGCCACGUCUGAAUUCUCGUCAUCACUGCCAAGCUCGCCACAAAUACAGCAGAACCGAGUCUUUGACUCUACCUUCACCGAUUCGGACCCACCCACAUCUCCAACAACUAGUUUUGAUCCCAUGUCCCCGACCUGGCGCGCUGCCCAUUCCAAGAGACCAUCCGUCUCCUCAACGGUCAGCUUCCAGUCACUUGCAAUGUCACUGAUGGACUCUGUACCAGACACGCCACCCUGUGGCCCAGCAAAUUAUCCGCGCUACACCAAAGAGACUAUCGAAGAAGAAGACGAGGAGGAGCCCAGUCUUCCCCCACUUAAUAUACCGACAAAGCCGCCAUCGCUUACGUUGGAGACUGCAACGCCUACAGAGGGCUCAUCCCUUGCCUCGGAUACGGAUCAUCGUGCCGAUGAGAUGAUGCCACGCCCUCGGUUGCAUCGCGUGACAUCACACGAGUCCAUCAUGUCCCUAUCUGGCGGCCUUGACAUUCAUACGUUGAAAUCGAGACCCAGCCAAAUGACCCUGCGGCCCCUGGGUGGUGUUGAAGCCGUCGUCACGGGCGUUAUUGCCCGACCUACUCUUUCAAAAACGCCAUCGAAACGCAGUGACGCCACAUUACGAGACCAUUUUGCUGGAUUUCAAACCCCAAGGGCGAACUCGAGUCCGAAUGCUGCACGAUUGUCUAGCAGUCCGGCUACACCACAAGGCAAGCUGGGCAAAUGGGUAGGAUGGCGUCCUUGGGGCGGUAGCAGUCCUAGUCCAGGCUCAUCUCCUGUGUUGAAACCCGAAAACAAGGCUACAGAGAGGGACAAGGAAUCACAUCGAUCCCCUGGGAUCAACCAACCCGGCGCAAUCCCUGGAUUCCAGCAAUAUUGGGCUUUACAAAAGCGUAAAGGAGCUCCAGCGCAGGUCACGGCCGAGACUAUUGAUCGCGAAUCCUUGACAGAAAUCCUGCAGGAGUAG